AACACUAGAACGGAAUUCUUAGAAAGUUACUUCUCAGAACUCACAAAAAAAUGGCAGCUGCAGCUGGAAGCUUUGAAAAGGUAAACAAGCAAUAAUAAUUUAGCCUCUGAUCGUAAGUAUUCAAAUGAGAUUCGGCUUCCGUAAAUUCCCUCUUUCGAUUUCGUAAACAAAUGUGAACGGACGUGAAGUGCCAAGUGCUCGAGUAGACACGUUUAGUUUAAGAAUAAUGCAACACGAAAGCGACGAUCCCAUGCUCCCACAGCACAGCAAAAAUGGCGACCAUGACUUCACCUUACAGGACCCCGAACACCCUGUUCCUAUCCCCGUGGACUGCACAGGUAUCGUAGACCAAGUCGUAUCCAUCGUAUUCGAGCGACAAAAGGCCGAACUAAGUCGAAUACACGACACACUGGCCAGCAUGAACACCUUUAUGGCAAGACUUAGCCACCUGACAGACCCUAUUGUCCCAGAGGGGACCCGGUCUAGUCUUAAUCCUAGCCCCAAUGUUCCAGAUGGAACUCUGGCUAGCAAAUCCAGUACCCAACAGGAGGAAGAAAGAAUAUCUAUCACUGGUUCAAACCUCUGGUUUAGAUCCACGCGCUCAGAAUCGCCUUCUUCCAAAGAUGAAGCACCAGAGCAUUCUAAAAAGGGUACCAAAGAGCCAGCCCAAGAGUACUGGCAACAGUCCACUGAUGACUAUGAAGAGGACAGCAAGGCCUCGGGACCAGAGGUCACGUCAUCAGUGGCAUGUGCUGCCAAAGUGUUUUGGCAAAAAAGGCUCAAGGGUGAUGUUCUCAAGCGGAAGUUAGAAACGGCAGCAAUUCCAUCAAACUGCAACUUUCUACUCCCAAAGAGAACAAACACCGAAAUUUGGAAAACACUUUCCAAUUUUCACAGGUCCACUGACGUUAAGAUGCAGGACAUCCAAAACAUGCACUCAGCGUCGGUGGCUAUGCUUCUGAAAGCUUCAUCUACGUUGGUGGAGAAAUCCGGUGAUGCCAACGCAGACACAAAGGGUCCGUUAAACGACCUUAAGGACGCCAUGACCCUCGCUGGUAAGACCUCCCAGCUGCUAAAUCAGGUCAGGCGAGACUUAAUUAAGCCUUCCUUGCCAAAAGAGUACGUAGCCUUAGCUACAGAAGUGGAAGAGGAUUCCGAAUGGCUUACUGAGACCCUAAAAGCUUUUCUAAGGUCAAAAGUCAAAUAUUUUAAACCCGGUUCUCUCAGGUUUCAUUUUGAUCAGUGGAAAGACAUAACUACCGAUAGGGAGAUCCUCCAGACAGUGUCUGGUUUGCAAAUUCCAGUAAACGAGAUGCCCCAAACCCCAUAUCGGACAUACCCCCUAGAUAGAAAAAAGAAACUUUUCAUUGACGAAGAAAUACAAAGCCUUUUGGGGAAAGGUGUAAUAAGGUUGAGCAGUCGCGAACCAUGCGACUUUAUCUCACCCAUAUUCGUCACCGAGAAAUCAGAAGGGGGGUUCAGGCUCAUCCUAAACCUCAAAAAACUCAAUGUACACAUUGAGAAAAGAAAGUUUAAGAUGCAAACCUUAACGUCCAUUCUUCGAUUAAUCCAAAAGGACAUGUAUCUGGCCAAACUUGAUAUCAAGGAUGCAUACUAUAGCAUACCAAUACACAAAGAAAGCCAGAAGCUCCUAAAAUUCGAACAUGAGGGUAAGGUAUACGUGUUCCUGGUACUCCCCUUCGGCUAUACAGAAGGACCUCGUAAAUUCACCAAGAUAAUGAAACCACCCUUAUCUAAAUUAAGGAAGGAACAGGUCACCAUUGCUGACUACAUUGACGACUUGAUCACUAUGAACGUCAGUAAACAACAGUGCUGCAAUAACGUACACAAAACCGUUGUUUUGUUAGAUUCACUGGGAUUUACGGUUCACCCAGACAAAUCCGAGUUCGAACCAAAACAAGUUUUGGAAUUCCUUGGAUUCGUCAUCGAUACAGUGAAUAUGACUGUCGCUCUCACCCCCAAAAAGAAGGCAGCCAUAAUCGAUCUGUGUCAAGCAGUGACACAGAGAGAGAAGAUAACAAUAAGAACUCUAGCGCGAUUAAUUGGUAAGUUUACCAGCAGCCUUAUUGGGGUACCACACGGUAGACUCUACUACAGAUCUACCGAAAGACUAAAAAUUGAGUCCUUAAAAAAGAGCGCCGGAAACUUCGAUGUGCAGAUCACAUUAACCCCUACUGCCAUGGGUGACAUAUCUUGGUGGAAGAAUAAUUUAUGGGGUAGCAUAGCCCCAAUAGUUCGAGGCAACCCUCAGAUCAUUAUAUCCACGGAUGCCUCAACAAGAGGUUGGGGAGCGUCAAUGACACAAACCCACACAGGGGGUGAGUUUUCAUCUCUGGAGCAGGAACACCACAUAAAUGUCCUAGAACUAAUGGCAGCAUUCUUUGGACUACAGGCUCUUUGCAACCAUACUGCAAACACUAACAUAUUGCUAAAGAUGGAUAACACUUCAGCAGUAGCCUGUGUAAACAAAAUGGGUAGCGUAAAAUCUAUCCCAAUGGAUAAGAUUACACAUAGCAUUUGGGAAUGGGCAAUAAGCAAAAAUAAUUGGAUAGUCGCUACACAUCUCCCUGGCAUUCUUAACGUAGAAGCAGACAGAGAGUCGCGACAACAGGAGACAAGAACAGAAUGGAUGUUAAACAAAUCAACAUUCCGCUAUGCGCUGAACGAACUGGACUUCCGUCCAGAAACAGACCUCUUCGCGAGUAGAAUAAACACGCAGUUACCUGCCUUCUUCUCAUAUCGACCUGAUCCCAACUGCAUCGGAGUAAACUCGUUUACUGAGGAUUGGCACAAUAUCUCGUUUUAUGCCUUUCCACCCUUCGCCUGCCUUCCCCAGGUAAUUCAAAAGAUCCAUAGUGAUAAGGCAGUAGGUAUCCUGGUAGUUCCGGACUGGCCUAACCAACCAUGGUUCACAGGGUAUUCUGAACUAAUAAUUAAAGAGAUUCUUGUUUUACCUAGAAUGGACCUAUUACUGCUUCCACAGCAACCAAGUGUCUUUCAUCCACUGCACCCAAAUCUAAGUCUUCGGGUAGCAAUUGUCUCAGGGAGGCAAUAAACCUAAAACAGUCAUGUUCUGACGAUCUUAAACAACUGCUCACUGCAUCGUGGUCAGAAAAAACCCAAUCCAGCUAUAAUCUCUAUUUAAGGAAAUGGCUGAAGUUUUGUAAAAGUGAAAAAAUCCCAGAACCUUAUGGGGCUAGUCAUAAACAAGGUAUGGACUUCCUCGCUUUCCUUUUCCACGUAGAAAAGGCAAGUGAUGGUUACAUCGCAGCGGCAAGGUCAGCCCUGUCAGCUGUAUUACCAAAGGAUGCAGGAACAAGCUUUGGUAAGAACGAGGACGUUAGCAGACUAAUCAAGGGAGUUUUCAAGCUACGUCCUUCCCUACCAAAACACACUGUGAUAUAUGACCCUGAUGUAGUAUUAAACUAUAUGACAACCUUGCCUGGUAACCAGCACCUGGAGUUAGAGUUACUAACGAAAAAACUAGCCACCUUGUUGUGCCUCCUGAGUGGCCAGAGAGCCCAGACAAUAGGUGCCCUAAAGGUUAACUUUUGUCAUCGCUCUUCAGAUAUGUACACUUUCUACAUCUCUACAAUCAUGAAGACAACAAAACCAGGCAAACAUCAGGAACCUCUGCAAUUCGAGAAGUACCACCUCGAUAACCGGAUAUGUAUAGUCCACUGCCUAGAUGAAUACCUGAGGAGGACAGACCUUAUACGAGAGAACCUCGAAAACCAACCAAGGGAACUACUUCUCUCCUAUGCAUAUCCCCAUAAACCUAUCGGAAUCACCACCAUUGCAAAGUACGUUAAAACUUUCUUAGGCUUGGCUGGCAUCGAUAUUAAGACGUUCAGCACCCACUCUACAAGGAGUGCGUCUACCAGCAAGGCAGAGGACAUAGGCGUACCUAUGAAGACAAUCGCAAAGGCGGCAGGCUGGAGAGGCACUAGCACGUUUGCCAAACAUUACAAAUUGCCCAUAAGCAAGAACUUUGGAAACGAACUUCUUAAAUGUUUAUGAACACAUUUGCUUGCGUUAGAUUUUGUAUAUAUAUAUGUAAUAGACAUGUACCGUUAUGGUACAAUGUGGCAUUGCCAGGAGUCAUAACAGACAAACCAUAAA